AUGUCGAAGGAUGAUAAAAAAGCUAAAGAUACAGGCAAAAACUUAGUUAAUAACUAAAUUCAGCCCUUUAUGAGUGAAACUGAUCCUAGAAAUCCUUAUGGCUGCAAUUACGAAGAGUUAGAAUAUGAAACUAAAGUAUUUUAUAAAUAUUAAGAAAUUAAAAAACAUGUGCACUUCAGCGAACAAGACUAAAACAAAGUCAUUCAAGCUAACUUUAUGUACAUGGCAGGAGUAACUUUAUCAGUAUUAGGAUCAUUAGGAUUAGGGUAUGUUAUGAAAAAGAAUCAAGUAUUCUCCAGGUUGCGCACAUUACACAUUCUGGCUGAAGAAUACACUAACUUUUAUUAUGGAUUUUUUGUUGCUGCAAGUGGAUCGUUUUCUUAUUUCUACUGCAACAGAUAUUACAUCUAAGAAGUUUGUAAACCUCUCAUGAUGAAAUAUUUGGAAGAUGCCAAGAAAAACGGUUUCCAAGAUUAUCGUAUUUCUGAAACAAAACCUUUUGAUUGGGAACAGAAAUUUCUAGGCUCUUCUAAAUUACCAAAGAAACAAUGA